AUCCAUCAUUCUGGACUCUGGUAUAUAACAGACUGACGUUUACUAAAAAAUAGACAAAUUAAUAAGAAAGUUCAAAAAAAUAUAGUUUUUCUAGAUUAGAUAUUAGAAUAAAGUACAGCGGAUUCAAAUUGUUUGCUUUUGAAAAUGGCUGGAUCGGCAUUAAGGCGUCUCAUGGCAGAAUAUCGCCAACUUACUUUGAAUCCUCCCGAAGGGAUUAUUGCGGGCCCAAUAAGCGAAGAAAAUUUUUUUGAAUGGGAAGCACUUAUCACCGGUCCUGAAGGAACUUGUUUUGAAGGUGGUGUUUUCACUGCUAAACUAGUUUUCCCCCCAGAUUAUCCGUUGAGCCCACCGAAGAUGCGAUUCACUUGCGAAAUGUUUCAUCCCAAUAUUUUUGCUGACGGAAGAGUGUGCAUUUCAAUAUUACAUGCACCAGGGGAUGACCCUCUUGGAUAUGAAUUAUCAGCUGAACGUUGGAGUCCAGUCCAGAGUGUAGAAAAAAUCCUUUUAAGUGUUGUUAGUAUUUUAGCAGAACCUAACGAUGAGUCAGGAGCAAAUGUUGAUGCAGCAAUAAUGUGGCGGGAAAACAGAGACGAAUUCAACAAAAUAGCAAAACGAAUUGUAAGAAAAACUUUAGGUUUACAUUCAUAAAAUAUAUAGAAUUUUUUUUACGUUG